UUCAGAAUUCCUCAGAUCUACCCAGUAGAAUAUGUCAGCUGUCAAUGACACAACAUUUAAAUCUGUAAUUUUCCUUCUCACUAGACUACCGAGUCAUGGAGAGGCAUAUCUCUGGAUUUCUAUCCCCUUCUGUUUCAUGUAUGUUAUUUCGAUAGUAGGAAAUUCAGUCAUUCUGUUCAUUGUAAAAAUGAAUCCAAGCCUCCAUGAGCCCAUGUACAUUUUCCUUUCCAUGUUGGCCAUCACAGACCUUGGCAUAUUGAUAACAACCAUACCGACGAUACUGGGAACAUACUUGUUUAACUCUAGGGAGAUCAGCCUUGAUGCCUGUUUAGCCCAGCUCUACUUCAUCCACUUGCUUCAGUGCAUUGAAUCUUCUGUGCUGUUGUUGAUGGCCCUUGACCGCUUCAUCGCGAUCCAUAACGCGCUGAGAUAUGCUUCCAUAUUAACCCUGCCGAGAAUAGCCAAGAUGGGACUGGUGGCUGUGAUAAGAGCGAUGGUCAUAAUACUUCCACUUCCCUUUCUCCUGAAACGGUUCCGAUACUGUCGAUCCAAUGUCCUCUCCCAUUCCUACUGCCUGCACCGGGAGGUCAUGAGCAUGGCUUGUUCGGAUAUCACAGUCAACGUCAUCUAUGGAUUGUUUACUAAACUCUUAACAAUGGGGUUGGACUCGCUGCUCAUCUUCCUCUCUUAUGUGAUGAUCCUCAAAACAGUGCUGAGCAUCGCGUCCCACGAGGAGUGCCUGAGGGCCCUGAACACCUGCGUCUCCCACCUCUGUGCCAUCCUGCUUUUCUACACACCAGAUAUCAGCUUGACUGUGAUACAGUACUUUGGGAAGGGCUCUUCUCCCAUGCUGCAGAUUCUCCUGGGCUACAUCUCGCUGCUUCUCCCUCCUCUGAUGAACCCAAUUGUGUACAGCGUGAAAAUCAAACACCUUCGUGUGAGGAUAAUCAGGGUGUUUGUCAAGUGA